AUGUCUAACCCCUCAGUUGUCAAGCCCGAUCCGUCCUACGUCGUACCCCUCCUCAUCAACGGCGAGGAGGUCACCACCAAAACCACCUUUCCCGUAACAUCACCCUCAUCGCACGAGGAAGUAUGGAGCUCUUCGUCCGCCUCUCUGGAAGAGGUCAAGAGUGCCGUUGCGGCGGCAAAGGGCGCAUUCCCCGCUUGGUCCAAGAUGAAGCAUUCCGCUAAGCGCAACAUCUUCCUCAAGGCCGCCGACGUGAUCGAUGCGCGCGCGGAAGAAUUCGCAGACUACAUGAAGAUUGAGACUGGUGCUGCGGAUAACUUCAGCAAUGGCUUCAAUGUGCCCAAGAUGGCGGAUAUGCUGAGGGAUGUGGCCGGCAGGUUGAGCGCGGUGAUGGGACACAUUCCCAGCUGUGAAGAGGAGGACACCAGUGCGUUGAUCGUUAAAGAGCCUUACGGUGUUGUGUUGGGUAUUGCGCCUUGGAACGCCCCAUAUGUGCUUGGCAUGCGAUCGAUUCUGUACCCUCUAGCUGCGGGUAACACCGCCAUCCUGAAGGGUAGCGAAUUCUGUCCUCGUACAUGGUGGGCCAUUGGCAGCGCCCUGACCGAGGCUGGUCUUCCCGCCGGUGCGCUCAAUGUCCUUGUCCACCGUCCCGAGGAUGCGGCGCAAGUCACCACGGCCUUGAUCGAGGAGCCCGCGAUCAAGAAGAUCAACUUCACCGGUUCCACCGCUGUUGGUCGCAUCAUCGCAUCGACAGCUGGCAAGAACCUCAAGCCCGUUCUACUCGAACUAGGAGGUAAAGCGAGCGCCAUUGUCCUCGACGAUGCGAACUUGCAGACAGCAGCAGUACAAUGUGCGCUUGGUGCUUUCCUGCAUGCAGGCCAGAUCUGCAUGAGCUCAGAACGCAUUCUCGUGCACAAGAACAUCAAGCCGCAAUUCAUCGAAGCUUUCAAGGGUGCCGUUGAGGGCAUCUUUGGCGGCGACAAGCCUGCUCCUAUUCUCGUAGCUGCACCCGGUGUAGAGAAGAAUAAGACUCUCGUUGCCAAUGCGGUCAAGAACGGCGCGAAAGUCGUACACGGCGACCACGAGAAAGAUGAGACGCACCCUGAGACGAACGAGACUUCGGCCACACGUCUGCGACCCAUCAUUGUUGACGGAGUAACCAAGGACAUGGAUCUCUUCCAUACUGAGUCUUUCGGUCCUUCCGUCUCCGUCAUUGAAAUUUCCAGCGAUGAGGAAGCCAUUGAGAUCGCCAACGAUACCGACUAUGGUCUUUCGGGCGCUGUGUUCACAGAGAACCUUGGCCGCGGUCUACGCGUUGCAAAGCAGAUUGAAAGCGGAGCUAUCCACAUCAACUCCAUGACGGUGCACGAUGAGUGGACCUUGCCGCAUGGUGGUGCAAAGGCAAGUGGAUUCGGCCGUUUCAACGGACACUGGGGUAUUGAAGAAUUCUUGAGGAUGAAGACUAUUACCUACAAGGAGUAA